AUGUCGUUUGAAUCCCUAGGCGUGGCCAAGUGGCUCGCAGAGGCCCUCGCGGCCAUGAAGAUCCAUACCCCAUCGUCCAUUCAGUCUGCGUGUAUCCCUGCAAUUCUCGCAGGCCAUGAUUGUAUCGGAGGUGCCAAAACAGGAAGUGGUAAGACCAUAGCCUUUGCACUGCCCAUGCUUACGCAAUGGUCCCAAGACCCCUUUGGGAUCUUUGGCCUCGUGCUCACUCCCACCAGAGAGUUGGCCUUGCAGAUUGCCGAGCAGUUUGCUGCAUUGGGAUCGUCCAUGAACAUCCGAAUCAGUGUGGUUGUGGGAGGAGAAGAUUUCGUCAAACAAGCCAUCGAACUCCAAAAGAGACCUCAUUUCGUGAUCGCCACGCCUGGAAGACUUGCGGAUCAUAUCUUGAACAGCGGAGAGGAGACUAUUUGCGGAUUGAGAAGAGUCAAGUACUUGGUGCUAGAUGAAGCCGACCGUUUGUUGAGUAACAGUUUUGGAGGCGAUCUCGAGAGGUGCUUCAGCGUAUUGCCACCCUCAGAACAAAGGCAGACGUGUCUUUUCACUGCCACUGUCACUGAUGCCGUGAGAGCCUUGAAAGACAAGCCCACGGCUCCAAACAAGCCUCCAGUGUUCAUCCACGAGGUGGAAACCGUCGACAAAGUCGCCAUUCCAGCUGGAUUAAAAAUCCACUACGUUUUCGUCCCAUCCUACGUCAAGGAAGCAUAUCUCAACAGUAUUCUUAGCUUGUCACAGUACGAAAAAUCCACAGCCGUCAUUUUUGUCAACCGCACCAAGACAGCAGAGGUGUUGAGAAGAACUUUACGGAAGCUCGACUUCAGGGUCGCUUCGUUGCAUUCGGAAAUGCGUCAGGCUGAAAGAACAAAUUCAUUGCAUAGAUUCAAAGCUGGGGCUGCGCGUAUAUUAAUUGCUACUGAUGUGGCCUCCAGAGGGCUUGAUAUUCCUACCGUUGAGUUGGUAAUAAAUUUCGAUAUACCUGCAGAUCCAGACGAUUUCAUCCAUCGUGUGGGUAGAACUGCCAGAGCAGGAAGAAAAGGUGAUGCUGUUUCGAUUGUAUCGGAAAAAGAUAUCGAUAGAAUCCAGUCUAUUGAGGAGAGAAUUAACAAAAAGAUGGAGUUGUUGGAGGGUCUCAGUGAUGAUCUCGUGAUUGAUAACUCGCUUGCAAAAACCAGUGUUGCGAAGAGAGAGAGUUUGAUGGAAAUGGACAAGGAAGACUUUGGGGUAAGGAAGGAGAAUAAUAGAAACAAACGGAAGGAAGUGGCAGGAAAGGUGUCCAAGUCCAAGAAGAAGUCCAAGAGCGCCUGA